AUGGCCAUAGAAGUUUUAAAAAAUAAAAUUUAAUGGAGAAAAGGCCAAAUCAAAUCUGGUGAACAAAUAAAUGAUUUUAGAAGAACUUCCAUACAUUAGACUUCUGAAAAAUAAGAAGAAUUUCAAUUAAAAAGAUCUUCUGUAGUGAAGUAUUAAGUAGGACAUUUGGGUUAAGAAGAAAUUUAAAAUGAUGAAUUAGUGCCUUGCUUAGUAAAUUUAGAAAAAAAUAUAAUUUAUUUUUGCUCAAAGGAAUAAAUAGUAAAAUUAUUAAACAAUUAAAUAAAUUAAAUGAAUUAUAAUCUUGAACUAGAAAAAAAAGAUAUUAAAUCUUUUGAUUCAGGAUUAAUUAACUUUAAAACUUAAUUAAGUAUCAUAAGUGAAAUAAAUGAUUCUAAAUUUAGCUCAUUUUUAUGUGGAUAAAAUAAUGAAGAUAAUUUUAGUUAAAUAAGUAAAGUAUUUUAAAACAAUUUUAUUUAAAAAUAAAUGAUAGAUUUAGAAUAAUAUUUUAAUUUAGAUCCUCCUUAACAUUAAUAAAUCAAUUAAUUGUUUAAUCCGAUUUAACAAAUACAUUAUAAAGCAUAUUAUUAAAUAAGGAGAGCUUAUAAAUCAGAAGUUCUUUAAUAAAAUUUUAAAAUAAUAGAUCAAAAAAUUCCUAGGUCUUUGCCUAAUGUAAUUUCAAUUAUAUCUUAAUGA